GAAAUCCCGCAAUCGAGAAUGUCAUGAUCGUCGUCUCGGUUGUGUUAGGGCUGCUGCAGCUUGCACUACCCGCAGCUGCUAUACCUCGACGGGGCAACGAACCCUGGUCCUUGAUUUUGUGCAAGUUCCGGGAUAGUGACUAUGAGCCGAGAUCUGCAGAAUGGUUCAAGGAAUGGAUCUCUGGCGGAAAUAAUCCAGAUACUAUCGAAAGCUAUUUCUCGUCAGUUUCUAAUGCAGUCUAUACCAUAAAAGGUUCUAAUGUUACAAAAUGGUUACAACUCCCUUGGACUCGUCGCCAAGUGCUUCGAAUGGCUUACAUGGACCCACGCUUACAGUCGGAACGAGAACGUCCUUUUGCGAUGUUCGACAAAGCCAAACAACUUUGCAUUUCUUUUGCUGAGCAAAAUGGGUAUUAUCUCAACAAGCAGAAAAUUACCAUAUUAAAUAUGGAGAAUACUGCGGUCUACGGGAAGGAUACAGGGGUUCUUCUGACACCAAAGCUCAUAUUUUCAUCGGUGCUAACGCAUGAGAUGAUUCAUAGCAUGAACAUUGGCCAUUCUUAUAGUGAUCGCAAUAUACGGAGGCUAAAAGCACUUUUAGGUUUUUCCGUACUCCUCUCCUGGGGAAUACGAUGACA